AUGGAACUCACAAAUUCGUUUUUCAGCAAUGAGAUGAAAACGUUCGAGGAUGUGUGCGGCAGGGACACUUUAGCAAUUUUUCCACCUGGUCAUUUCUUCCAGCCUGACAAAGGUUUUGUAAGAUAUUAUCAGCCGGCAUGGGUUGACUAUCGUCUGGCCACGCAUGAACAAGACUUGAAGCUUAUCCACGACACUCUGGUCAAUGCGGUGAUCAAGCGCCUUAUGUCAGAUGCACCUCUGGGAAUCCUACUUUCUGGUGGACUUGACUCGAGUCUUGUCAGUUCAAUUGCGGCACGUGAAAUGAAGCGACGCGGUCUGGUAGUUCACUCGUUCUCCAUUGGGGUCGAUCAUCUGUCUCCUGAUAUCAUCGCUGCCCGAAUAGUGGCUAAGCACAUUGGAACCCAUCAUCCAUGA